CAAACAUAGCAAAACAAUAACAACGAUGGAGUUGGAAACGAAUUUCCUAAGUUUAUCUACAAAAUUUCUUUUUAUAAACUGUGGUGGUCAUUUUAACGACUAUCGAAAUGAGCUCAACAUACUACUGAACGAGCUGAACGGUCUGGAUUACAAAAGUCAGCAAAUAAGCGAUACUCGGGCCCCAAUACGUCUUGUGGAAUCUUUCGUAAAUAUCCCUUCCAAUGAAGAAACGUUAAUAAUUAAGGCAUGCUGUUUGAUUAAAACCCUGGUCAAUAGACAGGGCAUUGUUGUUCCGGCGAAUGUUGCCUUUGCUCAAAUUGAUUGGUUGUUCAAGUGUUUAGAACGAUCUUUCUAUCAAGUGGUUUGCGAUGUUCUGAAAACCUUGCAGAUCCUGGUAAGCUACUGUUCCGAACAUAUUGUAGCUUUUGGCGAAUAUCUGCUGUCAAGUAAUGGCGUAUUGACGAAUCUGCUGGCGGAUCCAAACUACAGAAGAGUGAAGACGGAAAAUGAAUACGAUAGUUGUUCGCCUGGGGAAAUUUAUUUUGCCACUGUUCUGUGCUUAGAGGCAUUACUGGAAGCUUCCAAGGACACGGUAGAAUUUGAAAAAUAUAUUCCCUUGAUCGGCGAUUCCGUACUAUCAAUUGCCUUUCGCCUCAAAAGCGACAUACUGCCCGAACCGUCGUUCUACAGUUUGAUGGUUUCCGUCCUCAACUGCCUGCGGUUGGUUUCCAUUCGGCAUGACGAAUGGUUGACGGAACAUUUAGGACAACUGCUUGGUGUAGCCAAAGCCUACAUGAUGUACGGAAUUCCCGGUGUCAAACAAUUGCCGCCUCAACGGAUAAUGGUUUCGCAACAAGGUGUCCCCGAGCCACAGCACAUUCCGAUUAAGGGCGGAAAAGUUCCGAAAGCAAGGAAAACUAAUAUACCAUCGAAGUCGAAAGGAGGAAAAGCAGACGGAAGAAGAUCAACAGCGAAAGCAGGAACCACAUGGGAUGGAUUCAAUCGGCAGCCCUACUCGGAACAAAGUUUAGUGCUUGAAUUACCUGUCCCUGUAAGUAAUUCAACCAAUGCUUAUCGAACAAGCGAUUCUGAUUUUUCGGAAAGUGAAACUUCACGAGCCCAGAUGGAACGUCACAAACUUGCAAAACUGCGUCUUUCUGCACUGAAUCUGAUCAGCAGCAUUAGUCAAACGGUGGAGAAGAAAAUUAUGUUCGGCUAUUGGCACGCACUGUUCCCGGACGAAAAUCGUACUGCGGCCACAGUUUCUUUGCUUAACUGUGUUCUCAAAGAUCCAUCUACCAAGUGCAGAAUAGCAGCAGUUCAGACGACCACCUCCUUGCUGUACAAAUCGAAACCUUUCCUAAUUCAGGCUGAAAGCAGUGGAAAGGCACCGGCUUCUUUUACUCCGUUUUCGAUUGCUCUGGGAAAUAUGAUUAUUGAAAUGUAUGAAAUGAUCACGCAAACACUAGCCAACGAGAGUGAUUACUCUGUCCUAACUCAAAUUCUCAAAUGUUUAACCGUAUUUAUUCAGGCGACCCCUUUUCACCGUUUGCGAAAAGGAAUCGUAACGAAGUUUGUUCGUUUUGUUCGGAUUUUGACCCGCCACAAAGAUCCCACCAUCAAAGUUGGUGCCUUGAUGGUGAUGGGCUUUCUAAUCUCGACCACCGAAAUAACACCGGAAAUUUCCCUGCUGGUGUGCAUACCAAAAACGGACGUCGCCAACACCGUCAGUGCGGUUCGGAUAAAAAACACUGCGGAGGCGGCAAAUGUUCAGUAUGAUGCAGAAGAGGAAGAAUUCGUACCGUCUGAUGAAGACGAUGCGAAUUGCAGUGAAAGCGAAGCGGUAAAACCGGAUGGCAGUUCUGUGGCGAGGACCAAAAUGUCCUGGUUGUUGCAGAUUGCUCUCGAGAACCUGGGUGUUUCCGUCAGUGAACAAAAACUGGCCAUUCCAUCCGCAGUGAUGCCCGUCCGGAUGGAGUGCUUGCAAAUUAUAUCGGCUAUGACUUCACACUAUUCGCUUCUGUCCGAUCACCUACCGCUGGUAUCGUCUGCUUUGGUGAAAUCAUUCCGGGAUGGCGUUCCCGAAAUACGUAUGUACGCAGGUCGGGUACUUGAUUUGCUAGGACAUGCCAUUAACACGUCGUUAUUGUUAAGAGUUUCAACAAAUCAAGAGGAGCUAACCGCUUCGGUGCAAUUUUGGACAACGAUGAUACCGGUUGUAACCGAACAGAUCCAGGACAUCCAGCAAAGUCCGUCGAUGCGCGCCAUCUGUUGCGAUGCGUUCGGAAACAUGGGUGUGCACGUGUACGAAAAGCUUCCGCGUGACCGACAACUUGCUUUGGUGUCUUUGUUGACGGGGUGCACCUUCGACGAGGAUAGUAACGUGAGCUCGGCGGCCGUUAGAGCCCUUUCCGUUUACAUUAUGUUUCCCUCGCUGAAGGAUGAUUUCUGCUAUAUCGAGAACACAGUCGAGGCUAUCUUUCGCAUUAUGAAAGAUCCCAAUGUGACCGCCCGGGUGAAAGCAAGCUGGUCGUUGGGAAACAUCACCGAAGCGUUGGUGAUUAACAGUGCUGAUCCGAAUAAGGAACGUCUCAGCGACAGCUUGUUGCAGCAGAUUUGUGGGACAGCUAUUAGUGCCGCCAGUGAUAACGACAAAGUUCGAUGCAACGCUGUUCGAACUAUCGGCAACGUGUUACACACACUGAAGCUGGACCAUUUCGUUCAACCAGUGUGGAUUGAACUGUGUCAGAAAUCGAUCGACAAGCUAGUCCAGAACACUCUUCAUCCGUACAAUGCAAAGGUCAAAUGGAACUCCUGCUAUGCGAUCGGGAAGAUGAUGCAAAAUCCGUUUAUAUUCAGCGAAGGUUCCCGAAUAGAAUGGCAGAAGCAAGUUUUUCCCGCCCUUUGCACAAUAGUCAUCAAUUCAAGCAAUUUUAAAGUAAGAAUCAAUUCAGCGGCUGCUCUUGCGGUAGUCGACAGACGGACACACUAUGCUGGUUAUUUCAUUGAGAUCUGGUGCUCACUGUUGAAAGCAUUGGAACAGUCAGACAACCUCAUCGAUUAUAAUGAGUAUAAACACCGGGAUAAUCUUCAGGAACAGCUCUGUCUGUCGCUGUCCCACUGUCUCCGACUGGCAACUAAAGACGACUUGGUGGCCAUGAGCCACGAGCUGUUGCCUUUGUUCGAUACGGUACGCCAUAACUGGGACCGGGUACUGAACCGAAUAUUGCCGGAAAAGUCAAUCAAAUUGAUCGAAGCAAACGUCAAACUAAGGGAACUGCAGCCAAUGGUCAAGAAUGCCGAAGCUAGUGGCGCCAUUGAGAUGAUCCUGAAUUGUUUCGCCUACAAUGAACACAAUUUAUAAAUUGGUCAAAAUUUAACACACAACUACCGAAAUUGAUUGUAUAUAGCAUUAUCGCAAUCCGACAACUGUGCAUACUUUAUAAAUGAAAACAGAAAAGCAAGAUCCCUACAAGCGAAAAACGCAAAAACAGUUUAAAAUAGCGAAAUGCAAAAAUAAAGUGAACGUUAUCACAAAAUAAACGUCAUGAGAUUGCAAUGCUGGCCUCGAAAACCCGCUUUGCUUCCGUUUCUUCAUAUUCGCAGCGGAACGGAAAUAGAGAGAUCCGUACGCACGUGAUGAUGAUAAAAGGUAAAAAUGGGACACUUUGCUGAGCACGUUUCUCCUCUAACUACCUGUGUUAAAUUAAAUGAGGAAAUGCACGGCACGUACCAUUUUUUCUCGUCCUUUCUUUUGGUGGAAUUUCGUUCUCUUCCGAAUAAAACAUUUCACCAGUACAAGACUUUUUUUUUUAUUACGUUCUCUACCAUACCAAUAAAGAAUUAUCUUGUCUGCGAACAAGUUAUUUAUUUUGACUUGAUUUCUUGUUACGACCUUGUGUGUGUUGGUCGGUUCGUUGGAGGGAAUGUGUUCGAAUUUUAAGUUUACUCUCCGAGUAGCAUAACCUAAAAAUUAAACCGCCGAAAAUAUAACUGUUACUCAUUUAGGAAUUUUUAAGUAAAGGGGCUGUCCAUAAAAGACGUCACGCCGCAAGGGGGAGGGGGGUGU